CGACCCACGUGUAGUCAUUUCCUGCAUGGGUGGCCUGAUCAACACACCGAAAUGUUUUGAAGUGUUUUAAAGCUAUGGAAGAAUUACCUGCGGACGUCAAAGCCUUUCUUUGUAACCACCCUUUCCUUCAGCUUAUAGAUGGCAAAAAGAUCAAAUGUACUCUAAAUGGCCACGAGUUUCCAUGCAACCUGACGGAGCUACAGAAUUUCACUAAAGGGAAGAAAUAUGAGAAACUGAGUGCAACAGCAGAGUUCAACUACAGCCAGUAUGAACCUCAGAUUGUACCGAGCACGAAGCAACCCAAUCAGCUGUUCUGUAAGCUGACCCUCAGACACCUCAACCGGCAGCCUCACCAUGUCCUCAAACAUGUCAACGGGAAACGCUACAAGAAAGCCCUCUCCAAAUAUGAAGAGUGUGUGAAGGAAGGCAUUGAGUUCGUUCCAGCCAGACUGACACAGAAAAGGCACAAAGACACCAGAGAAGAGGUCAAUCGGGGGAGGCCCUCAAAACAAGGGAGCACAUCGUGGGAACCCUCCUCCAGUGAAGAGGAUCACAGUGACUCAGAAGACAGCAUGAGUGACCUCUACCCUGCCAAGAUGUUCACUUUAAAAAAUGAGGCUCAGGAAAGUAUGGAGGUUGGUGGAAAUAAGGAGGAAGGUGACUUCAAGACAGAUGAAGAGGAGGAAAUGGUUGUGGAUAAGCAGGUGCAGCAGAAGCGUAAGAAGGGACAGGGUGGUGGUUUUCAGAAGAAAUUCAGAAGUAACCACUGGAGAUCAGGGCGUAAGAAACAAGUGAAAGUGCCAAAUGGAAAGUAAAAAGUAAAACUCCUUUCAUACAGUAUUUUUAACACCUGAUAAUGUGUCAGGGAGCUACACUGCAUUUCUAGUUUGGAGUAGCAUUCCGGUCUGACCCAGCCUGACGUUUGUAUAGGUGAACGUCCAGUUGAUUUUUCACAUUUUCAGCAUAUGAAACGUUGUCUGUUUGCCAAAUUGUGAUCCAAAGAGUCUGGUUUAUGUGAUAUAGUGUUGACUGGAUAAGUUGUAUUGUCUGGUUUGUUCAAGUGUACUCGGAUAAAAUACAACUUAAUUUGGAAACUUUGGUUUCUCAGUUGUUGUCUUUUUCCCAUAUUGCGUAAAAAGAAAAGACCUUUACAAACGGCAAUUAUGUCAAUCAUUUGUCUAUCCUAAUAGACUGUAUCGUAGCUGAAGGUGUGGUCAUAAAAACAACCAGUUGACUGCUGUCGUAGGUCAUUUUGACAGCUCUAUCAGAAGUUACGGCCACUUGUUGACUGACUGUCAACAGGCUUUUAUGAUAACCGCUCUUCCAAUGUGACGAUAAACGUUUUCACCCAGGAUAAACCGAUUCUGUCUGCGAAAAACAUUCAGUGACGGAAUAUCAUUACCUUGUGGCUCCAACCAGUCAAUGCAACAUUUUCUCGCUAAAUUGUUCUAAUUAAAUGUGUAAUUUACA